AUCACACCCAAGCAUGAUAGAAUCAUGCCUUCAGACCAACGAUAUGGACCCUAUGGCUGUCAGUCAGCAUGAAAGAGAAAAUUUGAAUUUUUAAGGCGGAAUGCUUCCUGUGUGAAUAUACCAGUAUAAAGAAGCACAGAAGAUAUAUAUUUAUAUUUUUCGAGGACACCACAACACACUGGUCACCAUGAAGAGUUCACAUGAGUUCUGGCCUUUCCGAUCCUUCCUCCUUUGAUCACAUUUUCUGCACAAGGUGGUGUGAGGACACCAUGACAGUCACAGUGGUGUAUGAUAACUCUGAGGCAACAGAGCUCUGUGCUGCUCAGCACCUCUACCUCAAGCCUAUAGCAAAAUUAAUGAUCAACGUAUUGCUCCCAGAGAGUAUAGAACCUGUGCGGCCCUUCUCUAACUGGGAAGUUCUUGACCAACUGAAAAGCCUGAUUUGCCCUGACCAGUUCACCACCGUGCGGCUGUCCAAGAGUACAAAAGACUUUAUUCGAUUUGAGGGUGAGGCUGAAACCCGAAGUUUGGUUCAGAUCCUGAAGGCAAAAUUACAUGGGAAGAUCAUCAAGAUAAAUGGUUUGAAAACAGACUUAAAAGUAGUGGCUACAGAUGCCCAGGGAGAGUGGGAACAUUUCCCCAAAGAAAAAGCGGCCUUAGUGAGUGAUGGGGCUGAUGAACAGGAACAUGAUAAGAGCCCAGAUUCCAUCUAUUUUGAAGGCUUGCCCUGUAAGUGGUUUGCACCUAAAGGUUCCAGUGGGGAGAAGCCAUGUGAAGAGAUCCUUCGGGUAGUCUUUGAAAGUUUUGGGAAGAUCAAGAAUGUAGAUAUCCCUAUGCUUGACCCUUACAGAGAAGUGAUGACUGGUGGGAGCUUUGGGGGUUUUAGCUUUGGUUUGCAGACAUUUGAGGCUUUUAUACAGUACCAGGAGUCAACUGACUUUAUAAAAGCCAUGGAAUCCCUUCGAGGAAUGAAGCUGAUGCUUAAAGGAGACGAUGGCAAAGCUCUGGCAUGUAACAUUAAGGUUAUGUUUGAUACAACCAAACACUUCAGUGAAGGAGCUAUAAAGAGGAGGAAUCAGGAAAGGCUAAAAUUACAAGAGCUGGAGGAAGAAAGGAAAAAAGAAAAGAAGAGAGAAGAGGAAGUAGCUGAAAGAAAAAGAAAAGAGGAAGUGAGGAAAGCCCAGGAAAAGAGGAAGAAGGCCAGGGACAGGAGACGAGCCCUGAAGGAAAGGGACAGACACCGGUCAAGAAAGGAGAAGGUGAAAGCCAAAGCCGAGGCACCUCAAGAGCUGGACUCUUCGGAGGAGUGGGAGGAGAGGAAGUACUUGCUGGCUCAGAGGCGGGUUGAGGCCCUUCGGUUGUUACGGGUACUCCUGAGGAAAAUUUCAGUUUGGAUGAGAAGCGAGAGAACUGAGCCUUGUCAAACUCAGGCCAGCUUUGCCAUGAACUAUUUGGGGUCCACACAGUUUAAUUCACAGGAGGUUGAUGUUAUAGACCCAGAAGCUUAUCACAUUUCAGGGACCACAUUGAAAACUCUGGAGGAAGAAGAGUUAAACACUCUGCAUCUUCCAAAUCAAGAAGAAAUGGAAAGAUCUCAGGUUUCUAAGUCAGAUAGUAAACAGAAACAAAAAAUGAAGAAAAGAAGGGCUCAUUUACAGAAAUCUUCUCAUUACUCAACCAGAAAAGAGAGAACUGAAAAACUAUUUACUGAUGGAUACAAUCGCAACUUGGUCUAUAAUCAGAAUUCUGUGCAGAUUACAAUGACUCGUGGUCAGUCUCUUGAAAAAGAUGAUGACCACAGUUCUAAUAAAUCUUAUAGGCUACGUGGCAGGAAGAAGAAGAUAUAUGAAACUGAUGAAUUUAUCAACUAUCUGUUAAACUUUUAUCAGACACCCAAAUGUGCACUUGUCUUCCUAGAAGCAAGUGACAUGAUAAGCAACUCUCAGUGGCAGAGGAAUGUCUAUGCUAAGGGGAAUGGAUUUCAGAUCAACUUGAGAAAACAAACAUGCCACUCAACCACUCCGAGUGAAGUGGAAGACCUGGAGAGCAAAGAACAGGAUGAAGAAGAUUAUUGGCCAAAGGUAUAUACUCAGGUUUUUGAGUAUAAAUCACAAAAGAGAGGAAGGCGGAAUCAUACCAAAGAAUGUACUAAGAAGUUGAAAAGUGAUUGCAAGGCUAUAGCCAGUGAAGCUGGUGGUCAGAUGUCCCCAGCUGAUGGAGAGAAACAUCUCCUAAAAAUGACUCACAUUCACCAAGUCAAAAAGUCCACAAAGGAACAGUCCACAAGGAAUAGUCAGAUUUUCUUACCUUUGGAGUCAGUGGACUUCAACACACAGUUGAACAACUGCUUGGAGGAAAUUAGUAGUGAUUCUGAAUGUUUCAAUGAGACUCUGAGUGUAUACAAAGAUGAAGAAGAGAGAUUUAUGGCUGAAUAUCAUAGCUCCACCUCAAAAGGAACUCUUGACAAUGAGGGCAUCAUCACUUGCAAACAAAAAACUAAGUCAACUCAGGAGACCUUGCAUUCAGAGUGGAAACAUGAGAGUGAGGAAAGAUACUCUAACCCUAAACUUAAGAUACCAGACAAGAGAUCCAAGUAUGAGUUGACAUGUUCAAAGCUUGAAGAUGAAAGCAAGUCCAUUAAAAAUGAAAACAUAAGCAAAAGCAAAGAAAAAAUAACCCCCAGAUUCUUGUAUAAUGAAGACUACCACUAUGAAUCAAAUUCCAGUGAGGAAUUAGAAGACAUUACAAGAAAGAGAAGAGUUAAUGAUAGUACAGUGGUCCAGAAGGUAAAAGGUAAAUCCUUUCAUAUGCCAUUAAUGUCACCAAACAGUGCUAAUGCUUUCUAUUUGAGCUCUUUCCCCAAAAGAAGACAGAAGCUGUGGAAGUCAGAAUAUAACCAGAAUGACAGAAGGUUUACCGGUUCUAGAGAUUUCCUGCUUGAUUCUGACAACUAUAAUGUUAGACAUAACAGUCAGGAGCACAUUGAAUAUGGAGGUUAUUUAAGAAGCAACUACUCUUCUUUAUAUUUUGAAGGCUUUGGUGACCACAUGGAUCAGGAACACCCAGAUUUACAAUAAACUAUUCAUGAAAAGAAAAACUUAAAACCAAAUAUAGCUAUGUAGUUAGCACCUGUACAGAACUUGAACAAGGUCAAAUGUGUAAAAUCCUUCUCCUCUUAGUAAAGUUUAAAAUAUAAAUCAAAAUGACUGUAGGUGUGAUAGUAAGCUUUGGAAAUAUAAAACCUUGGAUUCUGAAGCUUGGCAAAACAAUGUGCUUAUAAAACUUUGUGAUCCAAGGGCAGACUUUAUUUUACUGUUUUAAUUUGUUGGCAGAGGAGGAAUAGAUUAGCACUGAGAGGAGUUGAGAUGGUCCUCUAUGAAUCUUUAGCUGUUAUGUCACUUGCCAUCCUUUAUCUUUGAGGAUGAUUGUAAUGAAUAAGGAUCUUGUGACAUGCUCUUUGAUUUAGACAGAAACAAUAUGUGCAGUAAGUCAUAAGCUUUCCUGACUUUAGUAAUAAGUAGAGAUAAAGAGAGCCAACAGCUAGAACAUUAAUGGACUUCUUCAUGACAUUAGAAUUUUAAGAAUACCACAGAAGAAAAUUAAUCCUAUUUGUGUCCUCAUAGUUCUCACAGAGUUAUCCUUUUUGAAAAUUAGUUAUGUACACAGUGUGUAUACAGCCAUGUUGGUACCAUUGUUAGCCUCCUCCCUGUCCUCCACCCUCUGCGGAGACACUCCUCAUUGGGGAAUGUGGGUUGUGCAUUAUGGGGUUAGCCAUCAGUUGUGGGUAAGAGGCAAUAUCUCUGUGCUUGUGCAUGUUGUCCCAAAACGUGGCUACAACAAUCUUCCCACAUGCUCUUCUGCAAAUUUCCCUGUACCAUGAUGGGUUUGUUUUAGGUCUACUUCAGUGAUGAAGUCUUAGGAGCCUCUGUGUCUCUGGAUAUCUGGUUUGGUAGAAGUUGAGUGUUCUCUGUGUCUAUCCCCUUGUCCUUUUAAAGACAAAGUUUUAGAAGAAUCUAAAAGGAGCUAGCUGAUUGUCCUUUGAGGAUUAAACUAACAGGGGACUGUUAGUAGAGUUUUUGUUGUUUGUUUUAUAAGCCCCAUGUCUUUCCAUCAACAGAAGCACCAGGAUUGAAGUGAGAUAACCAGGGGGAUUUGCAAAAGGAAAUUUUGAAAGAUCCCGGGGUACCAGUGAUGGUACUUGGGAAAAGAAGUUGUGACAGUAUCUCAUUUCAGGCUGUGUAAUUCUUUCACUCAGGGUUGGGUGACAUCAGUUUGUAAAACGUCACUGAAAAUCCCCAAACUGACUUUUAUUAAACAGUAACAAGUGCCUCCUCACAUCCUCAAUAAUACCAUGGAGUUAGGAAGAGUUAAAAGAAAAGGCCAUAGUUUUCUAGCUGUGGAAAAAAUUGUUAAGUAUGCGGAUUUUGUAAACUCUGUUAAAAACCAGUUUAUCUUUUUGCCUACUCAUUUUGGACUUGAAUAUGUUUUUAAAUUGAGACAUUUAUAGAUUGCUAAAGAUUUAAUUCUUAGCCUUGCGUAUGUUCUACAGAAAGCUUGGCCGCCUCAUUCUGCCUUGGAUGCAGGGCCUCGGGGACAGUUGAACACAUUUAUAUUCCCAACAAAGCUAUACCUGGCCAGCAGUUGCAUAUGUCAGCGAGAUUAGAGACUGCCUGCCACAGGAAAAAGUGAUUGGAAUCUAUAGAAUCAGUGCUGGACAGCAUUUUUCUAUGAAACAGUUCAUUUCCAUAUCAAUUUGAUACUAAGUAGGAAAACAUUAUCUGGUAGAGCCAGGCAGGAUGCUGGGCAGUGUGGUUGCUAGAAAUAUAUAACGUACACCCAUCAACAGCCUCUUGAGCAACCUAGUGUGGGGCUACAAAAAUCUCAUUUACCAGAAGUAACAAAGAGUAAGUUGCUUCAUUGAUCUGUUUAGUUACAUUUGGAAAGAAGUAUGCUAAAACAUGCAAAUAUGCAGAAAUUGAAUAUACCAUAGCAAAUCCAUGUGUAUUACUUAGAUGAGAACCAUGUUCAUUCCCACUUCAAGCCAGUGAUCUCACUAUUACAGCUAGGUUUGACUUGUCCAAUGUGAAAGUUUGCUCAUAGGGCCAGAGUGCCUUUUCUUCUCUGAGGACCAGAAAUGACUAUUCAUAUUCAAAGUACUGUUGUCCAAUGUAGCCUUUUAAAUUACUAACAGCCCAUAUUUUUUGUCAGACAAGAUUCUCCUCCAAUGAAAUCCUGCCUUCUUUCUUUUAGCAUAUUGUUUCUUCAAAACAAAGACCAUUAGUGAGUUUGUAAUAAAAUGCAGAUGUUUUGGGGGAAUAAAAUCUAAAUUUCUUCUCUCAUUUGAUAGUUUUUCAUAGCAGAGACUUUAGAUCUGGAACCAGUUUGCUCAGUAAAGGUAUAAAAAUUAAAUUUUAGAAUUCAGCAGCAUGUGCAAAUUUUUGUAUGAUAGAACUGGUGCUGUGUCAUUCCUAUAUAACAUUUUCUUUGUCUGUUUGCUAGACGCCAUCCUGGGGCCUAGAAGAAAGUACAUACUGGUUUUAUGUUAACUUUUGGAACAACCCUGGAUUCUUUGUAACUAUCUGUGCUAAUGCAUUCUAGAUUUGAGUCAUUCUCUUUCUGGUGUAGGCCUUAAAUGAGGAAGAGAUCAACUUAUUCUGUGCUUGUUGCUCAGUUGCUUAGUAAGGAAUGUAAUGGAACCGAAACUAUUAUAACUGCUUUUGUUCUUAAUGUUGUUAUUCUUUAUUUUGAUGUUAAGUUGCACAAAAGUAUUUUCUUGUUAUCAUCUUACUGUAUUAUUAAGGGCCUGAACUUUAAACUUUUCAAAUAGGUAUUUUCGUAUUUUUCCUUGUAUGUAUUGCUUAUAAUGCUGUAAGAAAGCUAAAAGUCUGUCGAUGUACUUUUGAUCACAUGUUUGAAUUUCUCAGGUAGAAAGCCAUAUAACCUAGUAAUUUUGAAAAUAGAACCAAAUAAAUGUGCUUAUUUGUUGCAAAACUGUUUAAAAUGUUAUUUUUAAGUAAAUGCUAAUAAUUCUACUGUGUGUGGGAGGGUUUCUACUUGUAGUA